AGGUUAUUGUCGAUAUUAAUAUUCAAAAAACUGUUGAAAAAUGGUCUGAAAAAGAUUUAAGAGAGUUUGAAAAAAUUAAAGAAAAAUUCGUUAGUGAAGCUCUUAAUUGGUAUAAAGAAGUUGGAAAUAAUCUUAGAACAACAUAUAUUGGAAACUCAAGAACAACGGUAUAG